AUCAGCAAAGUCAGAGAAAUAUACUUAACAUGGAACCUUUUGAAGGCUAUCGAUGUUUAGACGAACUUUUCAAGAAUACUGUAUUUUGAACUAACAAGGUAUAAGUCAACUAAUAAACUACUAAGAAUUCAUGUCAAAAGAAGAAGUUGUCGUUGAUUUUGUACUAAUGAACAAUACAUGCUGAAGAAGAUCAGAUUAAAAUAACAAGUCCAGAGUCUUGUUUACUUCGUAUAUCUCAUUUAGUUCUACUUCUUCGUUAGGUACAAGGAAAACUCUGUUGUUCACCUAAUGCCUUGCUCCUCUCCCGUCCCUAAAUACUGUUAGAGAUGUUGUUUAUUAAUUGUUGACUUCUUAAAGUUCAUGACCAUUCAGAAAAGCAGUUUUUUACAUCCAUCUGGCCUAACUCAAGAUCAAAUUGAGCAACCAAAGCCAUGAAAAAGAAAAAAAGAAGAAGAAGAAGAAACAAACAAUAGCAAGAACCGUCGCAGUGCUUCCAAUAUAUUCAUUUACUUGAUUCUAUGACUAUGACUUUGCAUCAUAGAGAAAACAUCAAGUAUUUUGUGGCAGUUUCUAUUUCAAACCAAUCAAGAGAAUUUCAUUUUGCUCAUGCAUUAAACUUUUAACUACUCUCUUCUAGCAUUCCUCAACUAUUCUCAAACUCUAAUAUAUUUCACCAAAAAAAAAAGUAAAAAACUUUAAAUUCCAAUAGCAGAGAUGGUGACUGCACAAAAAAGCGUAGGCUAGUCGGGGACUCAGGAAAGCAAUACGCUCUAAUAUGCUCUUUAAACAUGACAUAUUAUUUUGGAAAAAAAAAAGAACAUAUUAUUCUGGAAAAUAGUUUGGUGAGCCUUCGAAAACUAGAUUGUCCGCCGCCAUACAUGGACAAAUCAUCAUAUCCAAAUCCAUGCUAUGCUUUGCAUAUGUGGAUAACCAAGUUGACAAUGUCAUGUGUUUGCUUGUGUCAAUAUCAUGAAUUCGUAUGGAACUUCUUUUUGACUCUUAACGUUCUUAAACCAUCACUUUUUCAUUUUUCCAAUGCACAAAUCUUGAUAUUCCUAAAUUUAAUUUUCACUAUUCUUAAACCAUCACUUUUUCAUUUUUCUUAUGCCCAAAUCUUAGUAUUCCCAAAUUAAACUUUUUGACUCUUGAAUGUUUCUUAGACCAUCUCUUUUUCAUUUUUCUUAUGCACAAAUUUUAGUAUUCCUUGAUCAACCCUUAAAUUGGUAAUGGAGUAUGACGAGGGUACUCUCAUAACUAAGUAUUCCAUCAAAAUGAAUGAAUCACCAUGAAAAGAAUGGUUGGAUUAUGUUUGGAAAUUAGGUGGGAGAAGUCACCAUCAACAAUAUGGCAUUCCAAUAUGCACAAGAGGAAUGAGGUGUGGACAUCAAGAGCUAAGUCCAUCUCACCAGGGUUAAGUUUUCAAAAGUGUUCCACACUCAAGGCAAAUCCAAUUUCUACCAACUCUUUGAAGUUACCAUAACCAACAUUGUGUUCUUGCCACCUUUCAAUUAAUGUGCUCCCCUUACAUCUAUAAAUACACACCCAAGAUCUCCCUAAAGAGCUACCUCCCUCUCAGUUUGAUAUUGCUUAUAGUACUGAUCAAUCAUCUUUGAGCCCUGAGGACAAGGAUGAUUUCAUCAAAUGUACUCAAUUUGAAAGGACUUGCUCCAUGGGCGACUAGGACUCGAAUGGCGAUUGUUUGCCAAACGAAGGUGACUCGCAAUGCAAACAUGGAAAAAUUUCGCAAUGGCUACCUGUUUCCUGAGAUAGAGAAGAAGAAAAAGGCACACAUGGAAAAGUAUCCAGAUGCCAAGGUCAUAAGCUUAGGAGUUGGCGAUACAACUGAACCUAUACCGACAAUAGUAACAUCAGCUAUGGCUGAGCAUUCACUUGCAUUAUCCACUCCCGAGGGGUACAAAGGUUACGGUGAUGAGCAAGGAAACAAGAGUCUAAGAAAGGCCAUUGCUGAUACAAUAUAUGGAAACAUGGGAAUAAGAGAGAAUGAAGUGUUCAUUUCAGAUGGAGCACAAUGUGACAUUGCCCGUGUUCAGUUGAUGUUUGGGUCGAACAUGACGGUUGCGGUGCAAGACCCAACAUUUCCGGCAUACGUCGAUUCAAGCAUCAUAAUGGGUCAAACCGGGGAAGUCCUCGAGGAAUCUGGCAAAUAUAAGGGAGUCGAGUACAUGAGAUGUGCACCAGAAAAUCUGUUUUUUCCUGAUUUCUCGAUAACUCCGAGGACCGACAUCAUCUUCUUCUGCUCACCGAACAAUCCGACCGGUCAAGCUGCAUCAAGAGAGCAGCUGCAGCAAUUGGUGGACGUUGCGAAGAGGAAUGGAUCGAUCAUCGUGUAUGAUUCCGCAUAUGCCUCCUACAUAUCAGAUGACAGCCCGCAAUCCAUCUACGAGAUCCCUGGAUCUAAAGAGGUGGCAAUUGAGAUAUCAACUUUUUCAAAAUUUGCGGGAUUUACCGGAGUUCGUCUCGGCUGGACAGUGGUCCCCGAUGAGCUCUUGUACUCGAAUGGAUUCCCCGUCUUGCAGGACUUUGAUCGCAUCAUCUGCACUUGCUUCAAUGGAGCAUCUAGCAUAGCGCAAGCUGGUGGUCUAGCUUGCUUAUCAGACGAAGGUCACAAGGCUAUUCGCGGGGUGAUUGAUGUCUACAAGGAAAAUGCAAGGAUAUUAUUGGAUACAUUCACUUCAUGCGGUCAGGAAGUUUAUGGUGGAGUGAAUUCCCCUUAUCUAUGGGUGCAUUUUCCUGGUCAAAAAUCAUGGGACAUAUUUAGUGAAAUUCUUGAGAAGGCGCAUAUUAUUACGGUCCCAGGUUGCGGAUUUGGUCCAGGUGGUGAAGGUUUUAUAAGAGUUAGCUCAUUUAACUACAAGGAUUGUGUUUUAGAAGCCUGUAGUCGAUUGAGGAGCUUUCUGGGAUGACUGUCGAUACUGGGCCUUUAUGUAAAAUCUCUUCAUUUGCAAAUGUAAUGGAAAAUUGUCAAAAUUCAAAUAACAUAAUGGCACCGAUGAUGAUUUAUUUUAAAGUAUCAACUCUUUCUCUGCUAUCACAAGAAACCUUAGAAAUCAAAAAUAUUGAAGAGCUUUUAGCUUUGAAUAAGCUUUCAAUAGAUGCAUAAUCUGGACUACUAAACUUGCCAAUCUUGAUUUUUUUUUUUAAUUACACUAAAUAUAAACUAAACUAACCACCUUCUAAGCUGCGCCAUACUCAUUGUUUAGCUGGUUGCGACCAGUGCAAUUUCUUUUGCUUGAUUCUCAGGCUUUCGUUUGGGUCAGAUAUUAUGUUCCAUUACAAUCUAGUCCGGGACAAAAUCAGCCCAGCUUCAAGGUCAGAUAUGUGAAACUCACCCAUUUAGAGCCCUAAUUUUGAGAUUCAAUUCAUCAAAUUUGAACAAAGAAUCCGUUAUACUAGACCACCCUUUACA